AUGGACAAGUACGAAAAGGUGAAGAAAAUUGGGGAAGGUUCAUUCGGAGAGGCUAUCCUGGUCAAAUCCAAAGAUGAUGGACACCAAUAUGUCAUCAAGGAGAUAGGAGGCAUAUCUGGAAUGUCCAGCAAACAGAGGGAGGAAUCUCGAAAGGAAGUUGCUGUUCUUGCCAGCAUGAGUCAUCCAAACAUCGUCCAGUAUAAGGAAUCUUUUGAAGAGGGUGGCUGUCUGUACAUUGUGAUGGACUACUGCGAGGGUGGAGACCUAUCCAAAAAGAUCAAAUCUCAGAAAGGGGUACUGUUCUCAGAAGAGCAAAUCCUAGAUUGGUUUGUGCAGAUCUGCCUAGCGCUCAAGCAUGUACACGAUCGAAAAAUUCUCCACAGAGACAUAAAAUCACAGAACAUCUUUUUGACAAAAGAUGGAACAGUUCAGCUUGGAGACUUUGGAAUUGCAAGGGUGCUGAACAGCACUGUAGAACUGGCAAGUACAUGCAUAGGAACACCAUAUAACCUGUCACCAGAGAUCUGUGAAAAUAAACCAUACAAUAACAAAAGUGAUAUUUGGGCCCUAGGGUGUGUUCUGUAUGAAAUGUGCACUCUUAAGCAUGCAUUUGAGGCUGACAACAUGAGGUACUUGGUUCUUAAGAUAAUUCGCGGGUCGUACCCUCCUGUGCCUUGUCACUACUCCCAAGAACUGCGAUCUCUCCUUGCACAGCUGUUUAAACGCAACCCUCAAGAGCGACACCUACCUACAACAUUGUUGCAGAGCUGGGAUGCUCGUCUCCUCAUGGAGCCCUCUCGAGCUGUGAAGUGUCCAGAUAUCAGCGCUCACCUGGCUGGUACCAAGAAGGUUCAGGAAGUGCUCGCCAGACCUGGAGUCCUGGACAGAUUCUUCCCAGACCAGCCUCAAGCUGUGCAGCAGAUCCGAGCGACAUUGGCUGACCUCUACACUCUAGACAUGGGUCCAGAGAGGGACAAAACAGUAUCAAUGGCCUUGGCAGCAGCAGAACGGUUUGUCUUGAAGUCUCAGCGAGAAGGAGGAGCGACACCCCGGCCUCUGCCUGUUAGAAACACCAGCUCAUCUGGAAAGGACCCUGUCGGAUUCGGGGAGGGUUACACUUUGCUGGCAGCUUAUUAUAACUACGGGAAAAACGUGGAACAACAGUCCGAAGUGAACCAAGAUCCAGUCAAACGCAACCGCCAUGAAGACGGAGCACCUGUAGGAUCCGGAAUCCAUCAGAUACGUUACUGGACCCCUAAAGCUAAGGGUAGCAUUAACGAUCGUGAGCCCUACGAGUAA